UGCGUGCGCGCGCUUCUGCCUGCACCCGCUCCUAGUGGUACACAAGCGACAAGCCACCCCCCCUUGUGCGGACACCGUGUACCGUGGUCGAAGCACCUGCGACAGGGACGUGAGAGUCAACCCGAAACCGUCUGGUGGUCCCCACCCCGCCAAUCUGCACGAGCGCCAAUAUCUGCAAGCAGGAUUAAAUAUAUAUAUAUAUACUUCAAACUACUACAGCUCCCUGGGGACCUAAAACUGGAUUUACCAUUCUGAUGUUCUCGCUGGUCUGAUUGUCGGAGUAAUGGAUCAAAGAGUGACGGGCAGAUCCCACAUCUGCGUAAUCUCCCAGGGUGAAACAUGAAGGAGAAAGUUCUGCUUCAUAGUAUAGCCAGCGGAGUUGUUUCCACCAGGAACCUUGCACCAUGAAUCUUGAAAGUAUGUGCACAGAAGUGUAAUUUAUUUUUUUUAAAUAAAGAAAAAAAAAUAAACAUUACCUCCUCUCCCUGUGUGGACCCUCAGGAGGAAAACAAUGUCUGCCAGUUACUCGACAAUUUCCCAAUGUGAUCGGCCUCAAGACUGUUAACCGCAACGACUGUUAUCCUGUUACUGCCCUUUUCCCUUUAGAUACAUUUUUUUAAUAGCGAGACAAUAUUUAUUUGAAUUAUCAAUUUAAAAAAAUCCAAAUCAGUCCAACCAAUUCCAAUCAAACAUCCUGUUGGAUUACUAUAUUUUUUGCAAGAAUGGAUCUCCUAAGUUUUUCUAUCAAGCUGCAGUUGUUCCUCAGCACAUGUAUGGGACUGCAAUUUUUAGGCACACCAGGUCAGUGGGCUCGUUACCUCCGCUGGGAUGCCAGCAUCCGUGGUGACCUCAGCUUCCAAUUGAAGACAGAAUUCUCAGAGGCGCUCCUGCUGUACUUUGACGAUGGGGGCUACUGUGACUUUCUGCAGCUGUCUGUGGUCGAGGGUCGACUUCAGCUCCGUUUCAGCAUCGACUGUGCCGAGACGACGGUUGUGUCCGACAGAAGGGUGGAUGACAACAAUUGGCACUUUGCGACUCUCAGCAGGUGUAACCUGCGCACCGUUCUUGCACUGGAUGGACAGGCCAAAGCGGAUGAAGUGCGUCCUCAGCGCCAGUUCAUGAAAAUCGUGAGUGACCUGUUCCUGGGUGGAGUGCCGCAGGAUAUCCGCGGCGGUGCGCUCACACUGCCCACAGUGCGAAACAUGCAGCCCUUCAAGGGCACAAUCACAGACCUGAAAUAUGGCAAGUCUCAACCUCUGUUCCUGGGAAGUCUUAAAGUGCCCUUGGAGUCUGAGGGGUGGUGCACUGUGAACCCGUGUGAGAACGGCGGCACAUGCACAGUGGUGGACGGACAACCAGUCUGCGAUUGCUCCAAAACAGAAUACAAGGGCCGCUUCUGCACAGAAGAGGGCAGCAGCAAAACACCAGGCCUUGCACAUAUGAUGGCAGAACAAGCUAAAAGCAAAGGUACAGCUUUUUCGAAAUCUUUCCUUUAUCGGCAUUAUGAAAAACAGCGCUUGCACUCAAGGGAAGAGAAUGUGGCCACGUUCCGUGGUUCUGAAUACUUCUGCUACGACCUCUCUCAGAACCCAAUCCAGAGCAGCAGUGAUGAGAUCACACUCUCCUUCAAGACAUGGCAGCGCAAUGGCCUUAUACUUCACACUGGCAAAUCAGCCGACUAUGUCAACUUGGCGCUGAAGGAUGGUGCUGUCUCCCUUGUGAUCAACCUGGGCUCUGGAGCUUUUGAAGCAAUUGUUGAGCCAGUCACCGGGAAGUUCAAUGACAAUUCAUGGCAUGAUGUCAAAGUGACUCGGAACCUCCGGCAGGUGACAAUAUCAGUGGAUGGAAUUUUAACCACCACUGGUUACACCCAGGAGGACUACACCAUGCUUGGCUCAGAUGACUUUUUCUACGUCGGGGGAAGCCCCAGCACCGCUGACUUACCUGGAUCACCUGUGAGCAACAACUUCAUGGGCUGUCUCAAGGAGGUGGUUUACAAGAACAAUGACAUCCGCCUUGAGUUGUCCCGACUUGCUCGGAUUGUUGACCCCAAGAUGAAGAUCCAGGGCGAGGUGUCCUACAAGUGUGAAAAUGUGGCAACCCUGGACCCCAUUUCUUUUGAGACUCCAGAGGCCUAUAUCAGCUUACCCAAGUGGAAUACCAAGCGGAUGGGAUCCAUCUCUUUUGAUUUUCGCACUACGGAGCCCAAUGGCCUUAUCCUCUUUACCCAUGGCAAACCACAAGAGCGCAAAGAUGCUGCUCGUAGCCAGAAGAACACUAAGGUGGAUUUCUUUGCUGUUGAGCUGUUGGAUGGAAGUCUGUACCUGCUGUUGGACAUGGGCUCAGGGACCAUAAAGGUGAAGGCCACACAAACAAAAGUCAAUGAUGGUGCCUGGUAUCAUGUUGACAUCCAAAGAGAUGGCCGCUCAGGUACCAUCUCUGUAAACAGCAGAAGAACCCCAUUCACAGCAAGUGGUGAGAGUGAAAUACUAGACCUGGAAGGUGACAUGUAUUUGGGGGGGCUUCCCACUGAUCGCACCAACCUAAUUUUGCCAACUGAGCUUUGGACAGCAAUGCUUAACUAUGGCUACGUAGGCUGCAUCCGUGAUCUCUUCAUUGAUGGGCGAAGCAAAGACAUCCGCCAGAUUGCUGAGGCACAAAAUGGUGCUGGUAUUAAGCCUUCCUGCAACAAGCAACCUGGCAAGCAAUGUGAGAGUUACCCCUGUAAGAACCGAGGUGCCUGCAAAGAAGGCUGGAAUCGAUUCAUCUGUGACUGCACUGGCACUGGUUAUUGGUCCCGCACUUGUGAGAGAGAGGCUUCCAUCCUCUCCUAUGACGGGAGCAUGUAUAUGAAAGUGGUGAUGCCGACUGUCAUGCACACCGAGGCGGAGGAUGUCUCGCUACGCUUUCGAUCCCAGAGGGCUUACGGCCUCCUUAUGGCCACCACCUCCCGAGACUCGGCCGACACGCUCAGGCUGGAGUUGGAUGGAGGCCGCGUCAAACUCACGGUCAAUCUAGACUGUAUCAGGAUAAACUGUAACUCCAGCAAAGGACCGGAGACGCUGUAUGCUGGGCAAAAGCUCAAUGAUAAUGAAUGGCAUACAGUACGUGUGGUGCGUCGCGGCAAAACCUACAAGCUAAUCGUUGACGAUGAUGUAGCAGAAGGCCAAAUGGUGGGUGACCACACACGUCUGGAGUUCCACAACAUUGAAACAGGCGUGAUGACAGAGCGCAGAUAUGUUUCAAGCAUCCCAUCCAGCUUUAUUGGUCAUCUGCAGAGCCUCAGAUUUAAUGGCAUGCUCUACAUCGACCUGUGCAAAAAUGGUGACAUUGAUUUUUGCGAGCUAAACGCGCGAUUUGGGAUACGUUCCAUUAUUGCCGACCCAGUCACCUUUAAAUCCAAGAGUAGCUAUCUAAGCCUGGCCACCCUACAGGCCUACACGUCCAUGCACCUCUUCUUCCAGUUCAAGACAACCUCCCCCGAUGGCUUCAUACUAUUCAACUCAGGAGAUGGGAGUGAUUUCAUUGCAAUAGAGCUGGUGAAAGGAUAUAUCCAUUAUGUUUUUGACUUGGGAAAUGGCCCUAACUUGAUCAAGGGAAAAAGUGAGCGAACCCUAAAUGACAACCAGUGGCACAAUGUGGCAAUCACACGAGACAACAGCAAUACCCAUACUCUGAAAGUAGAUACUACAACCACAUUUCAGAGCAUAAAUGGGGCCAAGAACUUGGACCUGAAAGGUGACCUAUUCAUUGCUGGAUUGGGUCCUGGCAUGUAUGGUAGCCUGCCUAAACUGGUAGCUUCCAGAGAAGGUUUCCAAGGCUGCUUGGCUUCAGUGGACCUAAAUGGACGUCUCCCAGAUCUCAUCAGUGAUGCCUUGUUUCGUAGUGGGCAGAUUGAGCGUGGAUGUGAAGGUCCCAGCACCACCUGCCAGGAGGACUCCUGUGCCAACAUGGGGAUUUGCAUCCAGCAGUGGGAGAACUACACUUGUGACUGCUCCAUGACUUCCUACACGGGGACGCAGUGCAAUGACCCUGGGACCACGUACAUCUUUGGCAAAGGAGGAGGCCUAAUAACAUUCAAUUGGCCCCCCAAUGAGAGACCGAGCACCAGGACUGACAGGCUGACUGCUGGCUUUAGUACCUCGCUCAAAGAUGGCAUCCUUGUCAGGAUUGACAGCGCUCCUGGCCUGGGGGACUAUCUCAUGCUGCACAUACAACAAGGCAAAAUUGGUGUGACAUUCAACAUUGGGACAGACGAUAUCAGUGUACAGGAGAGCAGUACCCCAGUGAAUGAUGGAAAGUAUCACGUGGUCCGCUUCACCAGAAAUGGUGGUAAUGCUACACUGCAGGUUGAUAACUGGUCCAUCACUGAACGCUUCCCGACAGGGAACAGUGACAUGGAACGGAUUCAGUUGGCCAAUAAGAAAAUUCCUUUCAAGUACACCAGGCCAGUAGAAGAUUGGCUACAAGAAAAAGGACGGCAGCUAACCAUAUUCAACACUCAAGCCACAGUUGCAAUUGGUGGAAGUGAUCGCGGCCGGCCAUUUCAGGGUCAACUGUCUGGACUUUAUUAUAAUGGCCUCAAGGUGUUGAACAUGGCUGCUGAGAGCAACCCUAACGUUAAGAUAAAUGGCAGUGUGAGGCUGGUUGGUGAUGUCCCCAGCGGGGCAGGCUCAACGAAGUCCACUGCCAUGCCUUCGGAUGUCUCCACUACUUUCAUUGAGACUACAACCAUGAUGUCCACCACCACCACACGGAAACACAGGUCCUCUUCAACGAAGCAUGCAUCAGAUGACAUUGUGUCAUCUGCGGAGUGUUCCAGUGACGACGAAGACCUAGAAGAGUGUGAAACUGGUCAUCCAGGUGGGCUAGCACUUCCCACAGAACCAGGCGUCAGGCCGGGGUCUUCAGAAGUAGUCCGGGAAUCAAGCAGCACCACCGGGAUGGUCAUCGGAAUAGUGGCGGCCGCUGCCCUGUGCAUCCUCAUCCUUCUUUAUGCCAUGUAUAAGUACAGGAACAGGGAUGAAGGCUCCUACCAGGUGGAUGAGAGCAGGAACUAUAUCACCAACUCAGCACAGAGCAAUGGUACUGUCAUCAAGGACAAGCAGCAGAGCUCGAAAGGCAGCCAUAAAAAGCAAAAGAAUAAGGAUAAGGAGUAUUACGUGUGACUGAGACUCGCAGUCAAUAAGAGAGCCAAAAUGGAAAAGACAGCACUUCAAGUACGUAUGAUUUUUUUUUUUGUUGUUUGGGGGGGGGGGGGGUGAAGAAAUGACAAAUGAUGGUAUUACAAUGGAACUUGAAUGAUGCUUUACGCUGCUGAGUAGCUGAACUGAUGACAUGUACUGUAAUAUAAAGCACACGUACUUCUGUAAGCAUACAGAGGAGGCUUAAUAGCGACUUUAGAGACCUUACUAUUCUAUCUGGUCAGAGACAUUAUCAGUAUAGAACUAUUUCCCAGCUACAUCAUUCUCCUAAGUGACUUUUAGAGCAAUGUGAUCUGUGACGAGACAAAAAACAAACAAACAAACAAACAAAAAAAACAACAACCUAUUUUGUAUGUUACAAAAAGACUCACAGGCUUGACCAUUAUCGCAUGUAAGCAACUUGUAGUGCUUAACAAGAAGGGGUCAAAGCGUACGGUCGUUGUUCGAGGUUUCAACGACAAAACAAACACACACAAAAAAAAGGGACUCUUGUAUCAGAAUAUGAGAAAUUUGUAUGGUUUCUAAAUAAUAGUGUGACGUCUUAUUUAUUUUUGCUUUGAGCAAAAGAAAAAUGGAGGUUAAAAACAACAAGAAAACAGCUAUUUCUGUGUAUAAAAUGAAAUCAAGUGAGCAAAUGGACAGCACUCAGUGAAUCUGUUCUCGUUGAAAUCGUAUUUAGUACAAUUAUUCUGAUUGUCUGACACACUUUGUUUAAAGUUGUGGGGAUUCUCUUGGGAAAAGAAAAAAAAAAGCAAAUGAUUGUAAAAUGCAUGUGAUUCUAACUUGCAGUAUAACCGUAAAGUCUACAGUUUUCAACUUGGACAAUAUCCUAUUUGAUGCAAAAUGACUUUGAAUUUGACGGAACUAAACCACACCCACAUUUGGACAUCCCAAAAACAUGAGCUGUGGAAAAAAAAAUAGCUCUGGUAUUCCCUGCACAGCCACUGGUAGUCUGAUCUUUUUUUGGGGGGGAAAAACUGUAUGUUAGUUUCCUUGCCUAUUGUUCUCUUUUUCUAUGGAGGUGUGAGGAGAAACACAAAUGCAGUACUCUAACAUUGUUAACACGUGUAUACGGAAAUAAAUUCAAUGGUCAAAGUGUGAAUUCUAAUCAAUCGUCACAGUCAACUGUGUCAAAAAAAAACAACAAAUUUGUUUACAUAUUUUAUUACAUGCUAGCUGUUGUACUUUGUAGGUAGUAAAAUGUACAUAUACCAGAUGACGGUGGUCAUUUUUAGUACCUCUAUUGUACAGAAUGAACGCGAUGAUCAGCAUAUAUCAUGACAAAGUCCAUCAACUGUGACGCUGAGAAAAAGAAUGUGAAGAAUAAUCUUGAUAUUUCGUAAGAAUUCAAAGUUGUAUUGUUAGCCUUAGAGAUCUAACCAGAGAUGUUUCUAAAGUUGCAUGAAUAUUUAUCUACUCGCAGUGUUUCAAGAAAAUAAGGUGCCCUUCUGUAUCGCGGCUAUACUGUUUUGGGUUCUAACAGUCUUAUUCCUUUUGAGAGAAAAUAAAGUCAGGAAUAUGACAAAUGCCA